GCGAAGUGUGUUCGGGUGCAACAGCGAACACAGUGAAGGAAGGAGAGCGAAUCAAAGGGUCCGCUGGAAAAGCGCGCUGCAGCAGUGCUACAUGUAACAUUGGGAAUGAUUGUCUGCGUAAUACAGAAGCAACCGGCGGAGCGGUAACGCAACAGGGGAUUUCCACCAUCUGCACUUAUUUAGACUUUGGACGCUUUUUUAAAUAUUUUUGUACCAGGUUUCAUUUUAAAGGAACGGUUUUAAGACCCAGUUUUACUCCGAUAUGGCUGACAGCAAACAUCAAGUGCUAUUUUGUAACGAUUCACCGAAAAGAGUUCUGGUGUCCGUGAUCAAGACGACUCCCAUCAAACCCAGAGCCGUGGACUCUCUCAUGCCCACCAGUCCCGGUUUCAGUGAUUUUAUGGUUUAUCCGUGGCGCUGGGGGGAAAACGCGCAUAAUGUCACACUGAGUCCCGGAUCGGGCAGUGGAACCGGGUCACCCACCCGAAGCAGCAGUUCACCUGCCGAGACAGAUGUCAACUCCUGCCCGGACCCCGAGCACCUGAAGGAUGGCAUCCGUCGUGGACGGCCGCGAGCAGAUACAGUCAGAGAACUGAUCAACGAGGGUGAGAACUCCUCCAGCCGCAUCCGCUGCAACAUCUGUAACCGGGUGUUUCCCAGGGAGAAGUCCUUGCAGGCCCACAAACGGACACACACGGGGGAACGACCGUACCUGUGUGAUUAUCCAGACUGUGGAAAAGCCUUUGUCCAGAGCGGACAAUUAAAAACCCACCAGCGUCUUCAUACGGGAGAGAAACCCUUCGUCUGUUCGGAGAAAGGCUGCUGUAGCCGGUUUACUCACGCGAACCGCCACUGUCCUAAACAUCCGUAUGCCAGACUGAAGCGAGAGGAGCCCACGGACGGAGCGGGGCAGUCACAUGGAGCCGAUAACAAAGCCGUUGCUGAAUGGCUGGCAAAGUAUUGGCAGACAAGGGAACAGAGGACACCCACUCCGGUGAAAGGCAAGAGUAAUAUGGAGGAUCAAGAGCAGCAGGACCCUUUGGAUUUUCUGCCGUCUGAUGAAGGUGAAGAGGAGGAAGCGGAUGAUGAGAAGAGCGGUGGAGGCGGAACGGCCCGCCGGCGUCUGCAGGAACAAAGGGAACGACUCCACGGUGCACUCGCUCUCAUCCAGUUAGCCAAUAACCUCUCCGCCUGAGAACUUGUCAAA